AUGAUAUUAAGCAAAUUUUAUCUCUUCCUUCUACGAGCUCGGGUUAUGGAAGAAGGAGAAGAAGGAACCGAGAAGAAGGUAUCAGCAACAACUGGGUUUAUUGCGGGACAGCUCAUGAUGUUCAUAUCGAUCUACUAUGCGCCUCUGCAUUUAGCAUUGGGUAGACCUCAUACAAUAACUGUCCUAGCUCUACCCUAUCUUUUGUUUCAUUUCUUCUGGAAUAAUCACAAAGACUUUUUUGAUUAUAAAUCUACUACCAGAAAUCAGUGCAUAUUCCUGAAUAAUCUCAUUUUUCAAUUAUUCAACCAUUUCAUUUUACCAAGUUCAAUGUUAGCCAGAUUAGUCAAGGCAGAAAGGACAGAGCUUUCAUCUAAAGAAGAAACCACAAACUUUCCUCAUAAAAAACUUGGUCAUUGCCAAAGGCAUACCAAGUCACUAAUCAUGUAA